GGGCCGCGCCUCGCUCGUCCCUCGCUAAGAUGGCGGCGGCGGCGGCGGCGGCGGCCGUGGCGCGGCUCGAGGGCCGGGAGUUCGAGUACCUCAUGAAGAAGCGCUCGGUGACCAUCGGCCGCAACUCGUCGCAGGGCUCGGUGGACGUGAGCAUGGGCCACUCCAGCUUCAUCUCCCGCCGCCACCUCGAGAUCUUCACCGCCGCGCCCCCGCCGCCGCCGGCCGGCGCGGACGGGCCGCCGCCCCCGCCGCAGGGAGACCCGGCGGGCGGAGCGGGGGGCGACUUCUACCUGCGCUGCCUCGGCAAGAACGGCGUGUUCGUGGACGGCGUGUUCCAGCGGCGCGGGGCGCCGCCGCUGCAGCUGCCGCGAGUCUGUACUUUCAGGUUUCCCAGCACAAACAUCAAGAUAACAUUCACAGCUCUGUCCAAUGAAAAGAGAGAAAAGCAGGAGGCCCCGGAGUCCCCAGUGAAGCCUGUGCAACCCCAGAUCUCUCCCUUAACAAUAAACAUUCCAGACAACAUGGCUCACCUGAUCAGCCCCCUCCCUUCUCCCACAGGAACCAUCAGUGCUGCAAAUUCCUGCCCAUCGAGCCCCCGUGGCGCAGGCUCUUCAGGGUACAAAAUGAGCCGUGGAAUAGCAUCUGACCUACAUUUGAUGGCUGACAAUUCCCAGUCAGAAAACGACAAGGAAGCUUCAGGGGGAGACAGCCCAAAGGAUGACUCUAAGCCACCCUACUCCUAUGCACAGUUAAUAGUCCAAGCAAUUACAAUGGCCCCAGAUAAGCAGCUUACACUAAAUGGAAUUUAUACGCACAUAACUAAAAAUUAUCCCUACUACAGGACAGCAGACAAGGGCUGGCAGAAUUCAAUACGUCACAAUCUCUCUCUGAAUCGUUAUUUCAUCAAAGUACCACGUUCCCAGGAAGAACCAGGCAAAGGCUCAUUCUGGAGGAUAGACCCUGCCUCUGAAAGCAAAUUAAUAGAGCAGGCUUUUAGGAAAAGGCGGCCUAGGGGAGUACCUUGCUUUAGAACCCCUCUGGGACCACUCUCUUCUAGAAGUGCCCCAGCUUCUCCUAAUCACUCUGGAGUGUUGUCUGCACACUCCAGUGGCGUGCAGACCCCCGAGAGCCUGUCCAGGGAAGGAUCUCCUGUCCCCAUGGAGCCUGAGCCCAGCGCCAUCCAGCCAAAACUCGCCGUCAUCCAGGAGGCGCGAUUUGCACAGAGCGCCCCAGGAUCACCUCUCUCUAGCCAGCCAGUUUUAAUUACUGUACAACGGCAGCUACCACAAGCUAUCAAACCCGUCACCUACACUGUUGCAACUCCUGUGACAACUUCAACCUCCCAGCAGCCUGUAGUUCAGACAGUUCAUGUUGUGCACCAGAUCCCAGCUGUGUCAGUCACCAACGUGACUGGGCUGGCACCAGCAAACACUUACACUGUCGCAGGACAGGCCGUUGUCACACAAGCUGCUAUGGUCACCCAGCCCAAGGUAGAACCUCAAGAGAAUGGAGACCACAAGGAAGUCAAAGUGAAAGUGGAGCCUCUCCCUGCUAUUAGCCAUGCUGCAAUAGGAGCUGCUGGUCGCAUCAUCCAGACAUCGCAGCCCGCCCCCUUACAGACAGUUACCAUAGUGCAACAGGCGCCGCUGGGGCAGCACCAGCUGCCCAUCAAAGCUGUCACACAGAACGGAACGCACAUCGUGCCCCUGAGCGCCGCCGUGGCGGGGCAGGGCAGCGCCGCUGCUGCAAGUCCUUUGCACAUGUUGGCGACCCACGCGUCUGCAUCGGCCUCGCUCCCCACCAAGCGCCAGAACGGAGACCAGGCAGAACAGCAGGAACUGAAACGGAUCAAAACAGAGGAUGGAGAGAGCAUAGUCAUAGCUGUGAACGUGGACACCCCACCCGUGGCAGUGAGUGACAAAGGCAGCCAGAACUAGAAACUUUAGGGGAGUUUUCCUUUUUUUUUUUUU